AUGUCUGGGAAUAAAAAUUGUGCGGAAUAUCAACAGUCCGAAAAUGGGAUGUUGCGAAAUGGCAUGUAUACAUGCCCAUCCGCCCAUCUCCUUUAUCCUCCAGAUCCUACCGAAAAACGUCCAAGUCAGCAUACGUUCCUACAGUAUGCAUCUCCAACGGACCGAAGGUACUACGAGGAUCUGCGCUUAACUCAGCAGCAGCAGUACAAUGACGCAAAUCCCUCACGAAAAACGUCACACCCCGUUAGAGAAAAGGGUGAAAGGUCCGUAGAGCUUUUGAGCGAACCCGCAGUUCAGUUCAAUAGUCGCCUUAAACUACAAACCAGAGAACGCCGAGUCACAGAAACAUCGACUGGGGAAGCUCAUGACAAAAUAUCUGAGAACAGAGAAUCGUUACGGGAAUUACGUUCUCCGAGAAGACGGUUUACCCGCAUUUGGACAUGUUGCCACAGUUGCGUUUUACCUGGACCGUACUCCUCGUUCUAUUCCCAGUGCUUGGGUUGUGACGCACCGAAGUGUCCUAAUUGCAUUGAGGUGCUUGUCCCAUUGCAAGAAUCACCGAUACGCGAGCAUUCUUUGAUACAGAGCAUUCUCAAGGCAACGGAAUUUUUCCUGACAUGGCGCGGAAAGGCUUGGGAGUUCGACUUGUGUCGCUCCAACUCCCAGGUCAGCCUUAGCCAGGUCCCCAGUGCAGAACCCUGUCUUCAAGGCCACAAACCUUGA